AUGAAGCUCGAACAACCACUACAGUGUGCGCUGCUUAGUGCUUCCUCCGUCUUCGCCGCUCCUCAGUCCGCUGCUUACCCCACGAAUGACACGACACCAGCCGAAUUCAGCUCAAAGUGUGCGGACGUUGCUUCUCAACUCGCUAUCGAUGGCGCCUUUGUAUCCAAAGCCGAGUUCGUCGCCGCCGGCACAAACUUGACUCUACCUGUAUAUGACCAGACAUGCGCUGAAGCAUCGCCGCCCAUAACAGCAGACAUUUGCCGCGUCGCACUUUGGGUUUCGACAUCUGAACGUUCUGGCCUCAAUAUGGAGGCAUGGCUUCCGGCGAACUGGACAGGACGAUUCCUUUCUGGUGGUAACGGCGGUCUAAACGGUUGCAUCAAAUACGAAGAUUUGGCCUACGCGUCUGGCCUGGGCUUCGCAGCUGUUGGAACCAACAAUGGUCACAACGGGACGAGCGGUAAACCUUUUUACAACAACUCAGACGUCGUGGAAGACUUCGCAUACCGAGCCCUACACACUGGUGUUGUGGUCGGAAAGCAAAUCACCAAGGACUUCUAUGGUAAGCCGCACAACAAGUCCUUCUAUCUUGGAUGCUCGACCGGAGGAAGACAGGGUUUCAAGUCUGCCCAAGAUUUCCCAGAUGAUUUCGACGGCAUCAUCGCGGGAGCACCAGCCUUCUCAUUCAACAAUCUCACUUCGUGGAGUGGACAUUUCUACACCCUUACGGGCCCAGCAAACGCUUCGACUUUUGUUCCGAUGUCAAAGUGGGCGGUAGUCCAUGCCGACGUCUUGAAGCAAUGCGACAAACUUGAUAACUACGAAGACGGCAUCAUCGAGGCUCCCUUACAUUGCAAGUACGAUCCUUCGGGCUUGGCCUGCACUGAAGGCAGCAACACCACAAGCUGCCUAACACCAGAGCAGGUCGAGACUGUCAAGGCUGUUUACUCACCACUCUUAAACGACAACGGAGACCUAGUGUAUCCUCGUCUGCAGCCCGGUGCUGAACUCGGCGCAGCCGCCGUUCUCAUGAACGGACAGCCCUUCCCUUACACUACGGAUUGGUUCCGCUACGCUGUUUACAACGACCCUUCCUGGGACCCAACGACUCUGAGCGCUAAGGACUAUGACAAUGCUGCACGUUUGAACCUUUUUGGAAUUGAAACCUUCAAGGGUGACCUGAGCGGAGUAAAGAACCGUGGCACUAAAGUGAUCCAUUGGCACGGUGGCGCUGACUUCAUCAUCUCGUCCGACAACUCACCCCGCUACUACGAAAAUGUUGCCUCUACCAUGGGUCUUUCUUCUGACGAGCUCGACGAAUUCUACCGGUACUUCCUUGUCAGCGGCACCGGUCACUGCAGUGGAGGAGACGGUGCGCAUGCCAUCGGUCAAGGUCUUGGCGAGAUCAACGGUUAUGAGCCUAGUCACAACGUCCUCAUGGCUCUGGUUGACUGGGUAGAGAAUGGCAAUGCACCUGAGACACUGAUCGGCACGAAGUUUGUGAACGAUACUGAGGCCCUUGGCGUCGAGUUUCAGCGUGCGCAUUGCAAGUUCCCAAAGGUCAACCAGUACAAGGGCGGCAACCCAGACGUUGUUGAGAGCUGGGAGUGUGUUGACCCAUAG